CCGCCUCAAGAGAAACCGGAAAAGGUAGCAACAACAAACUUUUCCCGGUAAUUUUAUGCAGCUAAAGUUGUUUAGUAUAUUCUCUUAUUUAGGCACCAACACAUUAAAGAACACGUCUACAUCCUGAAUAUCCCAGCGAGGAAAGUCGUGAGAUACUUUCAUGUUUUAGAUUUCAACAUGUCCUUGAGUGCAGUCCACUCCACACUGUCUAGUCUGAAAACAUGUCAGACAGAUAUUGUAACAGGGAUGGACAUUGUGACAGACGUUGCUCUGGACGUGGCAGAAACAGCAGGAACUGAGAAUGAUGCGGUCCUGAAGAAGCUGGAGGGGAUGAUGCUGGAGUGUGCCAAACUGGACCAGGAGAUCAACUGUUUCGUAGAGGUGGUGAACUGUGUCACUGCGGAGGUGAGGAACCAGGAGCCCGAGGUCAUGUUCAGACUGAAGUCUCUGGUGAAGGAGAAGUUCACUGAGAGACACGGCAGACUGUCUGAGGGAGAACUACAGAACCACGUCAAGCUGGUCAGCUUUAAGGAGAACGUCAGAAACGCACUCAAAACAGUGAACCCUGAGGCAGCAGAGAAUAUGGAGGAGGAGCUGGAUGAGGACAUCGCUGUGACGCAGAGUGAGGUUAACUUCACCUGUCCCCUCACUCAGGUGGAGAUGGUGAACCCAAUGAAGAACCAGAAGUGUAACCACCACUACGACCGGGACGCCAUUAUGGGGAUGAUCAAGGCCCGGCAAAACCAGAAGAAGAAGUUACGCUGUCCGGUGGUUGGCUGUAGCAACACGGACGUGAAGCAGGGAGACCUGAUCCUAGAUCAGAUUAUGAGGAGACAGAUCCAGAAGAGGUAGACUACCACGGCAUGAUUCUGGUCCAGAAGAGGUAGACUACCACGGCAUGAUUCUGGUCCAGAAGAGGUAGACUACCAAGACAUAAUUCUGGUCCAGAAGAGGUAGACUACCAAGACACGAUUCUGGGGUACGCCACUCAUCAAUCCUGACAAUAAUAAUUGGACUUUUAAUUAAUUGAGGAUAAAACAUGACUUUUUGUUGUUGUGACCAAAUGUUAUCUUGCUGCUGUGUCUGAACGUAUUUGUUCGUCACAGAAUUGCGCUAUUCAGAAAUGUUAUAUAACAAAACCUCUCUUUAUUUAUACUUAAGAGAGUCUUCUUUUUCAGUCAGUUCAAUAAAGAUUUUGAUACAAUUUA